UACGAUCUAAUUAUUUUAAACCAAUGUAUAAAAUACGUGUAUCAUUUAAGCAGAAAGAUCUCAAUGUAUUUGAGAAAUUACGUAAUUAUUCAUCCUCAAAAAAUGAUAAUAUAUCAAAAAAUUUAAAAUUAAAAAAAUGUUUAGUGUUUUCGAAGUUUUCAAGAUACGAUUAUGAGAGAUAUUUUUUAUCGAAAUCACCACAAAAUGAUUUGGAAUUUGAGAAGAAAGUUCGAAGUAAAGGAUUAAACUAUGAUAGAUUAGUUGAAUAUAAAACCAUGAAUAGUAAAUUUGAAGAAAAAGUUACAAAUUGUUUAAAAGAGCUUGGAAUAGAAGUUCAAGUUGUUAACAGAUUAAGUUGUAACACAAAACUAAUAGAAUGGGCCGAUAUUAUUAUACCUACGGGCGGAGAUGGUACAUUUUUAUUAGCAGCUAGUCAGAUUACAGAUAAUAAGAAAAUCAUUGUAGGAUUUAAUUCAGAUCCGAAUCAUUCUGAAGGUCAUUUGUGUUUACCAAAAAAAUUUUCCGUUAAUAUUAAGGAAGCUAUUAAAAACUUACAAACGGGUAAUUUUAGAUGGCUGAUGCGAAGUCGAAUUCGAACAAAAUUAACCGCACAAACGUUUGGUAAACCAGUUGAUUUGCAUCGUAUGAAUAACGAUAAUUUAUUAAAAUUUAAUCCAGAAAAUGGAACAGAGGUGACUUUACCUGUUUUAGCUUUAAAUGAAGUGUUUGUUGGUGAAUCAUUAUCUGCUAAAGCAUCGACCUUAGAUAUAAAUUUAGAUGACAGUAGUGUAUUUACAAGAAUUAAAUCAUCUGGAGUAUGCAUUACUACUGGAACUGGAUCUACAUCGUGGUAUUAUAGUAUGAAUCGUUUAGCACCUGAUUACAUAUCCAUAUUGUUACGAUUAUUGAAAUCGAAAAUAGACAAUCCGGAAUUAUUGGAGAACAAUAAUUCUUUGUGUUCAGAAUUAGCGGAUAUUUAUAAUAAAAGUUUAAUAUUUAAUGCAGAUGACAAACGAAUGGCAUAUACAGUACGAGAUAUGAUAGUUGCUGGCGUUUGGCCAUCACCAAAAGGAAUUCAACCCAGAAAUUUUGCCAAAAAAGUUCGUUUACAAUCGUUGUGUUAUGAUGCUGGUCUCGUAAUCGAUGGUAAUAUUUCUUUUCCAUUCAACAAUAAUGCCAAAGCAACAUUUGAAAUACAUGAUGAGGAUGCUCUUCGAACUGUAAUUAUGGAUCCAUAAUCCAAUGAUGUGUUUUUCAAGUGUUUUUAUUU